AUGGCUCCGUAUUCUUUGAUCUUCGUCUGUGUCUUCAGCCUUUUCGCUGCUGUUCAGGUGCCUGGCACCUCUGCGCUCAUGUUUGUAAGUGCAACUCAAUGCCUCUGUGGUAGUGAAAUCAAAUGGGACUUGGGCCUUCGCUUAAAGCGUAAUGAUGGAGGUAGUGGGGUCUCUUCCUCCGAAAUAACUGAGAUUGUGAACAAACAUAACGAACUGAGGAGAAGUGCGGAGCCUACUGCUAGCAACAUGUUGAAAAUGAGCUGGAACAGUGAAGCUGCAGUCAAUGCUCAUAAAUGGGCCAGCACCUGCUCCAUGAGGCACAGCACAAAAGGCUCCAGGAAGAUCAGCAGCAUGGGCUGUGGAGAGAAUCUGUACAUGUCCAAACAGAGGGAUACCUGGAGCGAUGCUAUUCAGUCCUGGUACGAUGAGGUGAAAGACUGGCAUUAUGGAGAAGGAUCCUUCACUGGGAGGGAUGUUGGGCACUUUACACAGGUUGAUUGGUACAGGUCAAACCAUAUUGGCUGUGGAAUGGCCUAUUGUCCUGACAGCGACUACACAUACUUCUAUGUCUGCCACUACUGCCCACCAGGAAACUAUCAGCUUUAUGAACCCUACAAGAAAGGACCCACCUGUGGUGACUGCCCUGAUGCCUGUGAGGACAAACUGUGCACCAAUCCCUGUGGGUACUUUGACAUGUAUGGCAACUGUGCUGAUCUUAAGAAGAAGUAUGGCUGUCACCACAAGAGUGUGGCUGCCUGGUGUCCUGCCUCCUGCAAGUGCACUACUGAGAUCAUUUAA